UUGCAUUUCCUUGUAUUUUUUACAAGUUUGUUUGAACUACUGGUUCUAAUAAGUUGCGAAAAUCCUGCUACCUACAAUAUACAUGUCCGUACGAUUAACGGGUGCGGAGAAAUUCGAUACCAGGCUGCAUGCUGACUGCGGAAGUGCUAUCUCAUAUUGUAGAAUAUCAGUCAGAAAUAACCGCUCUUAUUAGUAAUGUCAGGCUGUGGUAAAAGUACAGCAGAGCGCUGACAAAAUUAACUCAGGUACGGUUCUGCCUUUUUAAAAAAUAUUCUCUUUAAAAAAUUUUUUCGGAUCGGGACCAUGUGUUCAGUACUAAAGUUCUGCAUCUUUACCGGCCUGUUAACCUUUGUAAUCCAUAUUAUCAAAGCAGAUGCGAAAGCAAUUUAUGCAGACCAGAGUGUUCUUUCGAAUGAGAGCGGUCUUUCGAAUGGGAAUUUUUUAAUUUAUGGUUCCAGAUACCGGAGAGGAAUAACGGAUUCGAUAAAAGGGCUAUUUGGAUUUGGAAAUAAUAACAACAAUAACAAUAACAACAACAACCAAGGCAGUUCCAACGACGGAAAUCAACCGCAGCCGCCAAAUACGGGAAACACCGCUGAUAGUGGCAGUAAUUCUAACGGUAAUAAUGGGUCACCUCCUCCCGCAGUACGAGAAGGACCAUCGCGAUCCGGCGAUAACAAUGGCGAUCGCCAGUCUAUAACCGGUAACAAGUGGAUAGAUACAGCAAUCAGUGCCUUUCGCGGCAGCGGUGAUAACAGUGGAAGUAUCAGCGGAGAUUCACAAAAAUCUGUUGGGGGAAGAAUUGUGGAUGCUUUAGCAAAAGAAGCGAUGAAGUCUCUGUUUGCGGGGUUGCUCGGUGGAUAGGCUUUCUGCACAAAACUGGGCUUACUAGGUUUCUACGAUUUUUUGUUCUAUUGUUUGGUGUUCGGCAUUUUUAUUGUAAAAACUGAAGGAACAACCGCUAAAAUCCUACAAAACCAA